AUGAUUGACUGCGGUCCGUUGAUGACAGGCCUCGAUUACGACAAUGAUCAUAUAAUAGAAAUCUGUUGUGUACUUACCGAUAAAGAUCUUAACAUCAUUGAAGAUAAAGGAUUUGAAUCAGUGAUCCAUUAUCCAAAAGACACUAUGGAUAAAAUGGGUGCUUGGUGUGUCAAGCAGCAUGGUGAGUCUGGAUUGACGGAGAAAGUUAUCAAAUCAACAAAUACAUUAGCGGAGGUUGAAGAAAAGCUAUUUAAAUACCUUAGUGAGCACAUUGGCCGUUCUAAUAGAGGCGUUUUGGCAGGAAAUUCGGUUCACAUCGAUCGAAUCUUUUUGACAAAAGAGUUUCCUAAAGUGAUUAAUUACCUUCAUUACCGCCAGGUUGACGUUUCAACAAUUAGAGAAGUGGGAAAUCGACACAACCCUGAGCUUAUGUCAAAAGUACCGGAGAAAAAGCAUAAUCACACUGCUAGAGAUGAUAUCUUAGAAAGUAUUGAUGAACUUAGAUGGUAUUACAAGAAUUACUUAAUUGCACCUAGGGAGCUCCCAAGCGAUACCAAAUUGCAAAAAAAUUAA